UUCCCUCUUUAUCCGUACAUAUUCCAUUCCGAAACUGUUACAGUGAAGACUUUUGGAGUUGAUGAAUCACUGAUGAACGGUUCCACCAUGAACAAAUGCCAUGUUCUACAUUUUAUUGGUUUCCUUUUAUUGACAGGAAACCAAGAUGUUGCUAGAGCAUUCCCUACUGAUUCGCAAGAGAUUGUCGGAGUAAACGUGGGUGGCCUUCACGCAGACUUCAAAACCAACCUUUUCUCACCUGAUGGACCACUGGCACAACUUGGAAACGAGAUAACAUCUGGAGCGGCCCAACUCCAAAACGAACUGACCAGUGGGGCCCAGGCUUUACAGGCAGACUUUAAUAACGCUGCAAACUUCUUGUCGCAAGGUUCCCAGGAGGAGCUAGCUGGAAUAAACUUGGGUGGACUUCACGCAGACCUGAGUACCAAUAUCUUCUCGAAGACAGGUCCAUUGGCGCAGAUUGGGGGUGAGUUGGAGGCUGGAGCUAACGCAUUGGAAAACGACCUCAAAAACGGGGCUAACGCCCUACAGGAAAGUCUUACUGGAGCUGCAAGCGCCAUACAGGCUAAAUUAGCUGGUGGAGCUGACCUACUGACCAACGGCUUGCAGGAUCUCGGUAACCAGAUAACUUCAGCUACCGGAGGUGUAUCCCUGGAUAACCUUUUCAAAGGAAGCGGUGACCUCUUCUCUAACAUGGGAGCUAGUUUGGGCUCUAACGGCAACGCUGUGGAAAAAGACUCUAUCGAAUUCACCGGGGAAAUACCUGGUUCCAACACCCAAAUUUCCGGUAUACCCGGAAUCAGCCUAUUUGGUCAAGUUUCAGGUUUGCCAAACUCCAACUCCCAAAAAACGAGCGAGACUUCGAAAGUUCUGAUCACAGGACAGACCUCUGGGAUACCGAAGGUGUCUGCCAAUUCUCAAAUCACUGGAGGUUUGAAAGGAUUCACCUUCAACAUGGCUUCUGAUCAGGAACCUAGAGACAGUUCUGGAGAGAAGAACGAGAAGCAAACCAAUGGAAUCUCUGCUAAGUUACAGGGUAAUACCAAUGGUGCAACGAUAACCAGAACCAUAACGACAGGCACAAACACUGUUUUGACACCAGAACUAUUAGCAGAGAUCUACAAGAAAUUGAACUUGGCGGACGUCUGUAAAGCUGUGAAUAAGUGAGAGCAAGGAUUCUGGGAUGAAAAGUUGAUCUUAUAUUGUUGUUGUUUUUGAUGAAUUGUUCGAAAUAAAGAAUUAAUUGUGA